AUGGGAGACGGGGAUGGGGACUAUGCGCUGCACCCUCAGCCCGGCGCCGCCGACGUGGCCGUCUGGCCCGGCGAGCUCGACGAGCAGCUCAUAACCGAGCUCCUCAGCGACGACAGCCUCCUCCUCGGCGAACUGCAGCAGGUCCCCGCCGGCGACUUGGAGCAGCACUGCUCGCGUGACACUGGCGCGUCAUCUGCUCCCGCCGCGCCGUGCAUCAGCGGCGGCGGCACCACGGCCGAGCACCAGGAGCUGCUUCCGCAGCCGGAGGCGGUGAGCAGGGCCCUGUGCUCGGUGUACACCGGCCCGACGAUCCGGGACAUCGAGAAAGCGCUGUCGACAUCGAGGCCGCACCCCUGGAGCAGCCUAACAGUGCAUCUGUUGGGAGCGGCAAGUCGAGCGCCGGAGAAGUACACGACGAAGGUGAGGAGCUGUGGCGGCAAGACGCCGGGCGACGGGUACAAGUGGAGGAAGUACGGGCAGAAGUCCAUCAAGAACCACCCCCAUCCCAGGAGCUACUACAAGUGCACGAGCUCCCGGUGCGGCGCGAAGAAGCACGUGGAGAAAUCCACGGACGACCCGGAGAUGCUGAUCGUCACGUACGAGGGCCCGCACAUGCACGGCCCGCAGCCGCUCUUCCCGCGCCGGCAGUGGCUGUCCAUUGAACUGUCCGGCGCGGGAGCGGCGGCGGCCUCGAAGACGAAGCAGCAGCAGCAGCAGGCCAGGGCCUCCUCCUACCCGGCCGCGUCAGCCGCGCUCGCAAGCGGCGAGGACGGGGGCGGCGGCUGGCCACCGAGCCAGAAAACAAUGACGCGCGGGCGCGACGUCGACGUGCGAGGAGGGCCCACGGUUGCUGCAGGCGAGACGGCGACGCCGCCGGGGCCGCCUCAGAUCGGACGCGCGGGUGACGCCGUGUCGACGCAGCCGCGCCUGGUGCUGACAGCGGACUCGUGCGACGACGGCUCCACCGCCUCCGUGCCGCCGCCGCGGGCUGCUGCGUCGUUUCCUCACUGUGACUCGCCGCCUACGACGACCUGGUCGUGCCCUGACUUCCCCUUCGCCUGGUCCCCUGAAGCUCCUCUGCUUCUGUAG